CCCGCCCCGGGCCAGGCGUGCGCCUUUUCUGACAAGCAGGGCCUCCCAGCUCUUACCCUCAACCCUCGCGGGGCUGUCACCAAAACCCUCACGCGUCCUGCGGACUGCAGCCUCGACUCGGCAGGGAGAAAACGACAUGGCGGCGGCCAAGCCCGAGAACCUCUCUCUGGUGGUGCACGGACCCGGAGACCUGCGCCUGGAGAACUAUCCUAUCCCUGAACCAGGCCCAAAUGAAGUGCUGCUGAAGAUGCAUUCCGUCGGGAUCUGCGGCUCUGAUGUCCACUACUGGCAGCACGGUCGAAUUGGGAAUUUUAUUGUGGAAAAGCCAAUGGUGCUGGGACAUGAAGCUUCAGGGACAGUCGUAAAAGUGGGAUCACUGGUCAAGCACCUAAAACCAGGGGAUCGUGUUGCCAUCGAGCCUGGCGCUCUGCGAGAAAUGGAUGAAUUCUGCAAGAUUGGCCGGUACAAUCUGUCGCCAUCCAUCUUCUUCUGUGCCACGCCCCCUGAUGACGGGAACCUCUGCCGGUUUUAUAAGCACAACGCUGACUUCUGCUACAAGCUUCCUGACAAUGUCACCUUUGAAGAAGGGGCCCUGAUUGAACCCCUCUCUGUGGGGAUCCAUGCCUGCCGGCGAGCUGGAAUCACCCUGGGGAACAAGGUCUUUGUGUGUGGAGCUGGGCCAAUAGGACUGGUCACUCUGAUCGUGGCCAAGGCAAUGGGUGCAGCUCAAGUGCUGGUGACUGAUCUGUCUGCCUCUCGGUUGUCCAAAGCCAAGGAAGUAGGGGCUGAUAUCGUCCUCCAGAUCUCCAAGGAGAGCCCUAAGGAAAUUGCCAGUAAAGUGGAAGAUCUGCUGGGGUGCAAGCCGGAAGUGACCAUCGAGUGCACAGGGGCAGAGCCCGCCAUCCAGUCAGGCAUCUAUGCUACUCGUUCUGGUGGGACCCUGGUGCUCGUAGGGCUGGGCUCCGAGAUGACCACCGUGCCCCUGGUGCAUGCGGCCAUCCGGGAGGUCGAUAUCAAGGGCGUGUUUCGAUAUUGCAACACGUGGCCGAUGGCGAUUUCGAUGCUUGCCUCCAAGUCUGUGAACAUAAAGCCCUUAGUCACCCAUAGGUUCCCCCUGGAGAAAGCUCUGGAAGCCUUUGAAACAGCCAGAAAGGGAUUGGGGUUGAAAGUCAUGCUCAAGUGCGACCCCAAGGACCAGAACCCCUAAUAUGAAUUGGGCUCUGCCCUCAUCCCCACCCCACUGCCAGUAUCUCAGGGCAGGGGAGGGCUGUGAUGCAGAAGUUUCUUUUGAGUAGCAAGAAUAAUUAAAAUAAUUCAUUAUAAGCAGAGAGCCUUACACAGAGGAAUUGGUGUGCCUUAAAAAUACAAGUAGGGAGAGUUUGGGGAAAUUUGUAGCCAGAGUGACCUAACUGUUCAUACAGAGCAAAGUUCAGCAAGUAGAACAGAGUUUGUUAGGCAGGUGCUGGGGAAUUCCCCUUCUUCCUGGAAUGCCUGGUUAAGUAAGGAAAGAAAUCUGCCCAUUGGGUUCCUGGUUCCACAGUGAACGGCCAGAUGGUGGUGGGAGCUAAAUUAUGAAGAGACAACUUUAUCCAGACUCAACUGGCACAGAAAUUAAUUUCCAUGAAAAAUCUCAUUUCAGGGUCUGGGAUGAAGGACUGUCAGCAGUUUUUAGAGCACAACAUUUCUAGACAUUAAGUGCCAUUUGGUUUGAUGAUAAAAGGAGACUUUAAGGAACUGGGUCUAGGAUCAUUUUUAAAUCAACUAAAAAAAAAAACCCCAAAAAUGAAAUCCCAAGUGAGGUCCCACCAGCUUGCAUUCCCCAAUUGUAGAAAUAGUCAGGAGAGUUCUCAAUACUGCUGGAAGAUUUCCUCUUCUUCAGCUCCCGAGAACUCUGUGUAAAUUAAACUGCCUUCCCCACACUCCCCACCCCCACCCUUCUGCAUUCAGGGGCCAACACUCUGGGCUCCUUUGUCACUAGGCAACCAGGAGGCUCCUUCCUUAAGGCAAGUCAAGGGGAGUCCUCCUGGGAGACUUACCCAGGAGGGUUUGGCCAGUGCACUUGUCUUCCCACCCCACAGGGUGAGCAUUCUCUUCACACUCACUGAUGAUAGACAAUUCCAUUAAAUUCUGGUGAUUAUAAACAGAAUUCACUCCUCCUUCUCAUAGACCGUGAACGCUCUUGGUAUCUUUCUGUCAGAAUGAUCUCUCCCAUCUUAUUUUAAUCGUAGGGUUUUCCUGUGUAAGAUUUGGGUGCAAAUCACUGGAUGCCCAUUUGUGACUUUGAGAUUAUUAGUCAAGAAUGAGGAUAUUGUAGUGGUGACAUAACUUGACCUGCAGCCUUUUAAUCCUUCCCUUCAGCUGGGAGUGGAGGCUGAGUUUGAAGAGGCUCUGGCUUUCUUGUGACUGGGGAGGGCCGUGACCGAUGCUUGGAAUCCCUCAGACUACUUUGGGUAAUAAAUUGUGGUUGUGAUGCCUCAC